CGGAGCCAGGGUCCGGCCGCUGGGCGGGUCAGUGCCGGGCUCUCGCCGCGGCUGCCGUCUCCUCCUCCUCCUCCUCUUCCUGCUGCCCGCUCGCUCCGCUCUCCCCGGGGGCCGCCGCCCGCCGCCAUGGGGCAGAUCGAAUGGGCCAUGUGGGCGAACGAGCAGGCUCUGGCGUCCGGCCUCAUCCUCCUGACUGGUGGCAUCGUGGCAACCGCUGGGCAGUUUAUCUGGUGGCAGUUUGGUGCCUACUCCAUUGUAGCUGGAGUGUUUAUCUGUCUGCUGGAGUACCCCCGGGGCAAGAGGAAAAAGGGCUCCACCAUGGAGCGGUGUGGUCAGAAGUACCUGACAACUGUGGUGAAGGCAUUUGGGCCCCUGACUAGGAACUACUACAUCCGAGCCAUCCUGCACCUGUGCUUGGCCAUACCUGCUGGUGUACUAUUAGCCACCAUCUUGGGCACAGCCUGCCUGGCUAUUGCAAGUGGUAUCUAUUUCUUGGCUGCAAUCCGGGGAGAAGAGUGGAUGCCCAUUGAGCAGAAGCCCAAGGAACGACUCCAGGUGGGGGCCACCAUCAAGCAGCCCCCCAGCAAUCCCCCACCCCGGCCCCCCGCCGAGGCCCGGAAGAAGCAGCCUGAGGGAGAGGCCGCAGGGCCCUCUGGGGGCCCCCAGGUGAACCCGGUCCCGGUGACUGAUGAGGUCGUGUAAGGAGACCCCUCGCCUGACCUGGGAUCUUUGAUUGAGUACAGGCUCACCCCACCCACUCUAGCAGGGACCAACUCCUUCCACCACCAUGCAUUCCCACAAAUGACCACUAGAGGGCAAAAGACAGGCACCACUUGUUGGCUGGGACUGGGAAACCUCCUAGCUGGUUGUUUGGCCCUGGGGGCAGAGCCUGGCCUAGUUCCCUUCUGUCCUCAUCCUUGGUCACAGUUUCCAGUUGCAAUACAUAUUUUGUAAUAAAUGCACCAGGGCAAAA